GGGGCGGAGCGUUGGGGAAAUUGUCAGCUGCCAUUGGGGUAGAGCAGCGAAGGACAGACGAGAGCUGGAAACAGCUUGAAACUUACUGUCGCUCGAAAGAGAGGAGUACUUGCGGGGUUUAAAAGGUUUCAGACGACUUGAGUUGCUGAAGCGAGGCAUCGGGGGGCGAUGGCCAACAACAGCAGCACCAAUAGCAACAGUUGGACCAUUCUUGCUCCAGAGGUAAAGGAGGCUGGAGUAGAGAGUAUGGGUCCGCUGUCUGACGGUCAGGGAAAAGUGCAUGCAGAACCAGCUCUCGCACAGUCCUCAGCGCUCACAGACACAUCCACAGAGCCAACUCAUCCUCCUGAUCCACCACAGGUGACGCCACUAGAGAGCAGUGAAGAUGCAGCUGUUUUGCACAGUACCCCUGAGAGGGAGGGUACGGCGUCCAGCAUCCCUGCUAACGUUGAAAACCUGACCACUUUGACCCCUGACUCUGGAGAGCAAGGUGUUGAUGACCAACCCCUAACUGAAACAGAAUCAUUCUCUGACUCUUACACACACAUCAGCCCUUCGCCCGUGUCCGCUACACUUUCCGGAGCAGCAGUGGCAGAAGAAGAAGAAGAAGAAGAGGAAGAGGGGCUUUUACAAGGGGAAAAGAAGGGUGAACUGAGGAAGACACUGAGAGAAGAGUGUACGCAGGAAGAGAAAGUGACUGAGGGUGAUGGAUUAAGGAGGAGGAAUGUCUCUGUCCUGACCCCUUUGUACCAUCGAGAUGAUGAGGAGGAGGAAGAGGCUGAGGAAGAGCAGUUCAGACAUCCACAGAGAGAAGGAGAAGGAGACUUCGGGUUCACUUUGAACAAGUGCAUUUUUGGAGCCCUCAUUCUUCUGGGCCUGGGCACCAUAUUCUUCUCUGGUGUGCUCAUGGAUCUGGAUGACGAGGGAGAUGCUGAUGUCAGGGACAUGAAAUAUCCAGACGAAAAAAAGGAUUGGUUGAAUCCCGAUGCUCAAGGAGACACACCUGCUGGAGUCCAGCCACCAGAAAUGCUGGACAAAAUGGCCAAGGAGAACCAGGAAAUUGAAGGCUUACAGGCACAGCUUCAGAAACAGGAAGUGGAAUUAAAGGCUGCACAAAUGCAAGUGGAGGAAGGAACCAAGGAGAGACUGAGAAGGGAAGAGCUGGAAGCAGAAAAUCAGAGGAUGAGAAAAGAGAUGGAUAAACUGCCUGUCCUCCAGAAAGAGUACGAGCAAGAGAAAGAAAUGGUAAAGAGAGAGAGUGAGAGAUUAAAUAAGGAGCUUGAAGCACUUCCAGCUAUGCAGAAAGAGCUGGAGAGUCUAAGGGAUAAAGUUACGAAGCUCACUCAGAAUACAGGGAGUGAGCAAGCUGUGGUGCCCUCUGCUGGACAAGAAGAGGUACCUGGUAGUCAGGAGAGGAAAGGGAAAAAGGAUAAAAAAGGGUCGCAUAAAGAGAAAGAUCCUAAGACAGAAAAUAAGGAAUGGAAGAAGGAGAAACGUAUAAAGAUAGAUGAGCAAGAUGGCAAGGGAAAAAGCACAAAGGAUCAAAAAAAGUGGGAGAAAGAAGAAGACAAACAUGGGAGGCGCAAGGGAGAAGGGAAAAACAGGCAGAAAGAUCAUAAGCAAGAAGAUGCCCAAAGAUGGAAGCUUGAUGGAGAAAAAAGAGAGCUUAAGGAAAGGAGUGGGAAAAAAGAGUGGAAAGGAGAAAAAAAGUGGGAAAAGGAAAAACAUGGAGAGUUUGUUGACAGGAAAGGAAAAGAAGAUAAGGAAUGGAAGCAAAAAGCCUGGAAAAAAGAGGAAGAAUGGAAAAGGGAUAAACAAGCUAGCCGGAAUGAUAAAGAAUGGAAAGAGAAAAGUGACAAAAAGAAGGACUGGAAAGAGAGAAAGGAAUGGGGUGAUGAAAAAGAGAGAGGAACAUCAGGUGACGAAAAGUACAGUGAGAAAAUCCAAAAGGAGAAAACUCGGAAAGGCAAGAAAGAUGAUCACAAUGAUGACAAUGGAAGAAAAGAAAGGGGGGAGAAGCACCGGGGUGGGAAAGAGAAAAACAAACCUAAAAGUGGACAGAAUACUGAAGGAUGGAAGGAGGAGAAACAAUACAAAGACAAGAAUCCUAAAAAAGAGGACAAGAUGAGCAGAAAAGGCAAGCAUGAGGCAUCACAUCAUUCGUACAGUGACCGAAAACAGAGCAAAGACCACGUGCACGUUAACUACUGGGAUAAACAAAGGGAGAAGAUCCGUCACUUUUACGGGUCAACGGAAGAGUGCGCUGAUGUCACAGCUUGUGCACACGCAGAGGGACUUGCUCCUGUUUCCAAACAAGAUUUCGAGGCGUUCAUCUCUGCCUAUUUGACCAAACUUGAAGGACACGGGGACCAAACUUCCAGAAAAGAGGAACUGAGCAAGCUGAUCGGUGAGUUCUUCACUGACGGAGUUUUCGUCCAUGACCAGAUACCAUUCAGUGAGUUUGUGGAGGAUGUGGAGAAUAUUUUGGAAGACAUGGCAGAUGAUGAUGAUGACGACAACGACGAUAAUGACGAUGACGACGAUGAUGAUGAAGAGCUAGAGAACGAGAUGAAUGGAUUUGCAGAAAAAGCAAUGGACACCUUUGUGCUCCAAGAGAAAGAGGGGAAGGAAGAGAAAAGAGGUGGAAGUGGAAGGAAAAGGAUGAAGGGGUAAAAGGGUAGCAUUAUAGACAGGAUCUUAAUUAAAGUGUGUCGUGUGUAGUUCUAGCUCUGAAGCGUAAAGCGAAUCAUUUGUAAUAUGAGGGUUCCACAUUUACACGCACCUGUUUGGUUCGAAACAAGGAAAUCUAAGCACUGCUACUGUACUACUGUUUCCUGGCUGUAAAUGUAAGCGUAUGAGUGUAUGGACGUUAUUUUCUAUAACAUGAUACCAACUCUGUGGUUCAUGACUGAUGACAUGGGUUUUACUAACUAAGUAAGCAACUGUGCUUGCUGCCCUAAAUGUCUGCAUAAAAAAUGUGUGUGUGAGUGAGAGAAAGUUAGAAAUAAGGUACUUCUAUUGACUAAGUGGUCCAGUAAUUUGACUUUUAGUGUUAUUUCCCAUAAACAGCCAUCUAUCCACCACAUAAACUAGAACAAAUAGCAUUCAUUGCAAAUAUAAGGGCUGCUUUGCCAUUGCUUCAUAGAAUGUUCAGUAUAUGGCUAAAAGAUUGGACACCACUUGUUGAACAUCCUAUUCCAGAUUUAGUCCCCCUUCUCCGACUCCAUUCUUUGGGAAAGACCGUCUACUAAAUUUAUGGGGAUUUGUGUCCAUUCAGCCACGAGCAUUAAUGAGAUCAGACAAUGAUGUCAGGUGAGGAGGUCUGGGGUGCAGUCAGUGUUUUAGUGUUCGGUAGGAAUGAGGUCAGGGUUCUGUGCAGGAGUACUUUCACACCAGCCUUAGCAAACCAUGUCUUCAUUCAGCUCGCUUUGUGCACAGGAGCAUUGUCAUUUUGGAUGUGUUGUAUCUCUUAGUUCCAGGGAAGAAAAAUUGUAGACACUUCAUACGAGGACAUUCUAUACAGUUUUGUGCUUCCGACUUUGUGGCAAAAGGUUGGAGAAGAACCACAUAUGGGUGUGAUUGGUCAGGUGUCCACAUACUUUUGGCCAUAUAUUGGAGUAUACAUUCAUCCAUAGACAAGGUGUGCAAAAGUAUUUGUAUGCAGCAGUUUUUGGAAGUCAGAUUCUUCGAUUUUUGAAAAACAUUACUUGCUGCAUGUAGAAGAAGCAAGCCUUUAAUGUCACAUAUACUGUACAAUACAGCACAUAUCCCAGCUUAGGGAAAUGGGGUCAGAGCUCAUGAUACAGCACCUCUGGAGAGGAGAAGGUCAAGGGCCCAACAGCAGCAUCUUGGCAGUCCUGUGGCUUCUGACAUUCUGAUCAGUAACCUAGAGCCUUAACCGUUGCUAGCAGUGCUAAGAUUUCUUCACAGUGUACUAUAAUUCCUGUUCUGGACCACAUUUCCAAUUGUGUGUUUUGCUUAUUUAUUAAUUUUUUUUUCUGUGGGAAUGUUUAGCUUUGAGAACAAAUUUGAGAUUUGUUGCGAAAGUAUUCUUACACCUAGUUGACAUUGUAUAGAGUAGACGGGCAUGGUCAGCAUGAACUUUACUCAUCCUUUCAUGUAUUGCACUUUACAGUACGGUUUGUUUACAGAUGAAAAAUAUUGUCACGUGGUACAACAUUUAAAUAUUUGUCCACAUGUAUGACACAAAACGUCCAUCUUGCAGUGAUUAUUUUAUUGAUACAAAAUACAAAACCGUAUGAAGCUUUCAAUUUGAAAUGUCUUACAGUGAUUAUAACAAGUGUACAAAUCUAUGUAAAAAGCAUGGCACAGAUCUGAAUGAGAAAUUGCAUUUUAGGUCAUAUAUUAUUAACCUGUUCACUCAAUUGUUUAGGUACUUUCUUUAUGCAAUAAUUUAAUAUGUACAAUGAGUACUAUGGAUAAAGCUAAAAUGUCUGUGCUUGGGAAUAGAGAAUAUCAGGGACUACAGUAAACCAUCUUUAUUGCAAUUAUCUUUUCAUGAAAUCAGUCAAACAAAACAGCGAUUCUAAAAUAGCAAUGUGCGUUUUUUCAGUUCUGCUUAUACGCUGUGGUCUUGCUGAAUGCUAACUCGUGAAACGUAACACAUUUCAUUUUUCAUUUCACUAAUAAAGCUAAAUGUACCCAAA